CUGGCUGCCUAUUGAUGGGAAAACAAGGGGUUGUGGGAGGACAGAUAAGGGUGUCUGUGGGCAAACGGGUGAGGGCAGCGUUAAGGACAGAGCUUAAAGCCAUCUAUAUUCCCCUCACUUUUUUAGUAUUGCCUCUAUUCACUGGAUUGAAUGUGGCAUCUGUUCAUCAGUGAGAUUUGCAAUCAAGGGAGCCUGAGACACCGCCUAUUCUUGCCUGACAAGGUCCUGUCAACAAACUGAAGCGUCACAUCCACUGCAGGGCUCAGAGACCGACCCACUCGGGGAAACCAUGGAAGCCCCUCUUGUGUGUUUGGAUGAAGAGUUUGAGGACCUCCGGCCUUGCCGUACGGAUGAGUUUGACCACCCAGCACUCAACCACUCCUCUUACACCUCCACCACCGUCCCGCUGGCCUCCAUCACCCGAGAGGACUUCUCUGAGCUGGAAAACUUUUCCGAGAUGAUGAGUUUCAAGUCUAUGGAGGACCUGGUGAACGAGUUUGAUGAGAAACUCAAUGUCUGCUUUCACAAUUACAACACCAAGACCGAGGGCCUGGCACCGAUACGCAACCAGUCACAAAACCAAGAGGAUGAGGAGCAGCUGCAGGAUGAAGAUGUGUGGGAUGCCCUAACUGACAACUACAGAGCUUCAUGGGACGGCCCAGACUCAGAGGGAUUCAACGGAAAUCUUUCUGAUAAAGAGAUCCAUGAAAAAGAGGAGGAGGAAAUGAAUGAAAAGAAUGACAAUGCCAACUGUCUCAACGAAGAGCCUCUCAUCACAGCAGAUCAGGUCAUUGAGGAGAUAGCAGAGAUGAUGGAGAACUCCCCGGACCCUGGUGAAACCGAGGAAGAGGACGAGGAGGAGAGCAGCCAUUGCUCCUCCAGGACUCACCCUUCGCUGCUGGAGGAGAUCCGAGAAUUGUCCCAGGCCUCCAACAACAACUGUUCUUAUGAAGGCCUGAGUCUGAUGCCCAGUUCCGCCCUGGCUGAACUACUGCACCACGUGGAGGCUGCAAUCCGGGAGUACUCAGAGGAGCUGGUCAGUCAGCUGGCACGGCGUGAAGAGCUGGAGUUUGAAAAAGAGGUCAAGAACACGUUCAUCAGUGCCCUGAUAGAGGUGCAGAACAGGCAGAAGGAGCUUCGAGACAGUAGCAAACGCCGACGCCGGGACAAGGCUUUGAGCCUGCAGGGAGGAAUGGGCGUGGUGUCUGUGACCACAGGGACUACUGGCACCACCGGUCAUGUGGAGAAGACAGGAAGCAUGCCUGUCAAGCGUUUCAGUAUGGAGGGACUAUCCAACAUCCUGCAGACGGGCAUCAGACAGACAUUUGGAAGCACAGGGAAUGAGAAACAGUAUCUGAACACAGUUAUUCCUUAUGAGAAGAAAGGCAGCCCUCCAUCUGUUGACGACCUACAGAUGCUCACAAAAAUUCUUUUUGCCAUGAAAGAGGACAGCGAGAAGGUCCCUACACUGCUAACUGACUACAUAUUAAAAGCACAUUGACGCGGUCCACGGAUCGGCCGACCACAGUGUUGACCACACAGGAUUUGCCAUCGGAAACAUUGAAUAGGUUUACCAUUUAAGAUUUUCGGCCUAGAAUGUUUUCCAGCAGGUAGGGGAAGAAAAAAAAUGAAUCUCUUUUAAGACAGAAUAAUAAGUCAGGACUAUAUGUUAAACGCACCUGACAAUGAUCGCAAGGAGAAAAAAAACAAGCUCAAAUGAUUUCCCGAUUAUGUACGUAUACCCUGCUUUAGAAAUGGUUCUCGAGAAUUUUGCGCAGUAAUGGUAUUUGACAAUAAUAUCACUCGCUAUUUUCAGAGCUACCAAAGUCAGCUGGGAUAGGCUCCAGCAUACCCGCGAUCCUAAUGAGGAUAAGCAGCAUAGAAAAUAGAUGAAUGGAUUAUCUUAUCACAUUAAUAACCGUUGUUUUCCUGCAACAUUUUUGAUAUAGUUCCUUACUGUGUACGUGGACCUAUUGUGGGCAUUUACUGUUUGCAGUUUUAUUGACAAACAAAGCUCAGAGAAAUUUAUAAAGGGGAACUAAACCCAAAGAAGUUUGGGGCAAAAGUAUCUUGUCUGUGUCAACACUAGUCAAUACACGGUAUUCUGAUUAAUAUUGCGUUGGUGGAAUAAGAAUUUAACAGAAUAAUUCAUCAGUCUUUACCAAUGUCAGGGAGCCACCUUAUUGGGCAAUGUCACCUCUACUAUCGAGUGAAAUUAACGUCACAACUUCACUCACACUCUCGCGUAACUACGGCUUGACAACAUGAUUCUUUGAGCCAAAUUUGAGCAAGUUCGGGUUCAAACCAUCAAGUAGUCGACCUGUAGUUGUGCUCGUCAUCGCAGCAAACACAGGGAGUCCGCCAACCUGUUUUCCAGGUUUGCUCUUGUCACGUUCCACAUGCACAGUACUGGAGCUAAAGCAACAUGCAAGAGUAGUCGUGACGUUAAUAAGAGUUUAGGGAGGUUCGGACAUCUAUAAAAUACAAUAACAUUAGCAAAAGUAUUCGCUCACUCAUCCAAAUAAUCGGAAUCAGGUGUUCCAAUCACUUCCCUGGUCACAGGUGUAUAAAAUCAAGCACCUAGGCACGCAGAACGUUUUUACAAUCAUUUGUGAAAGAAUGGGUGGCUCUCAGGAGCUCAAUGAAUUCCAGCAUUGAAUUGUGAUAGGAUGCCACCUGUGCAACUAUACAAGUGGUGAAAUUGACUUGCUCCGAAAUGUUCCACAGUCGAAUGGAAGCUGUAUUAUACGAAUGUGAAAGCAUUUGGGAGCGACAGCAACACAGCCACAAAGUGGUAGGCCACGUAACCUGACGGAGCAGAUGGCGUGGCUCAUAGUACGAAGAGGUCACCAAUUUUCUGUCGAGUCAAUCGCUACACGCCUCCAAACUUCACGUGGCCUUCAGAUUAGCUCAAGAAGAAUGCGCAGAGGGCUUCAUGGAACUGCUUUCCAUGGCCGAGCAGCUGCAUCCGAGCCAUACAUCACCAAGUGCAACGCAAAGCGUCGUGAUGCACCGGUGUAAAGCACGCCGCCCCUCGACUCUAGAGCGUCCGUGGAGACGCGUUCUAUGGAGUGACGAAUCACACUUCUCCAUCUGGCAAGCUGAUGGACGAGUCUGGGUUUUUAGCGGUUGACAGGAGAACAGUACUUGUCUGACUGAAUCAGAAUCAGAAUCAGAAUCAUCUUUAUUUGCCAAGUAAUGUCAAAAACACACAAGGAAUUUGUCUCCCGCUCUAGUACGACAACAGACAGCCAUUUGACAGAGAAUACUCAUUCAUUCAUUCAUCUUCCGGUCCGCUUCUCCUCACUCGGGUCGCGGGCGUGCUGGAGCCUAUCCCAGCUAUCUUCGGGCGAGAGGCGGUGCACACCCUGAACUGGUCGCCAGACAAUCGCAGGGCACAUAUAAACAAACAACCGUUCGCACUCACAUUCACACCUACGGGCAAUUUAGAGUAUUCAGUGAAGCUACCAUGCAUGUUUUUGGGAUGUGGCAGGAAACCGGAGUACCUGGAGAAAACCCACGCAGGCACGGGGAGAACAUGCAAACUCCACACAGGCGGGGCUGGGAUUUGAAGCCCGGUCCUC